UGUUCUGUCCCACCACAGAUCCUGAAAGACCAGAGUGUAACUCCCUGCCACAAAGCUUUGCCCUGCCCCCAGGACACAGUAUGGAAGCCUUUGCCAAGUUUGAUUUCACUGCUUCUGGAGAAGACGAGUUGAGCUUCCAGGCUGGAGAUAUGUUGAAGAUUUUGAGCUCCCAGGAAGAGUGGUACAAGGCUGAGCUCAGAAGUCACGAGGGCUACGUUCCUAAGAACUUCAUUGACUUCCGCGUUCCCCCCUGGUUUGAUGAGAAGAUAUCCCGCCACGAAGCAGAGAACCUUCUCAUGAGCAAAGGAGUUGGCUGCUUCAUCGUCCGGGCCAGCCAGAACUCUCACGGUGACUUUUCCAUCUCUGUCAGGCAUGAAGAUGAUGUGCAACACUUCAAAGUGAUGAGGGAUUCAAGGGGCAGCUAUUACUUGUGGACAGAGAAAUUCCACUCACUGAACAAGCUGGUGGACUACUACAGGACAACUUCCAUCUCCAGGCAGAAGCAGAUCUUCCUAAGGGACAACAGCCAAGAAGAACAGCAGGAGAGGCGGGGUGGCAGCCUGGAACGGAUAGCUCGGGAAGGAUUCCACAUGGGAGGAGCAGCUGGAGAAGAUCAUUCUUCUGUAUCCAAGAGAUACGUAGAGCAUCCUGUUCCCAUACUGCAGCAGCAACAGGAGAGGCAUGGUGGGAGUCUGGACAGGAAAGACGUGAUGCACAGACUGAGGGAUCAUGGCCAAGGAAGUGCAGGAGCUAUGCAACGGAGACACACAGACCCACUGCACCAGCAGACACCACGAGCGCUGUGGGUGCGCGCCCUGUACGACUUCGAGGCGGUGGAGCACGACGAGCUGGGCUUCCGCACCGGGGACAUCCUGGAGGUCCUGGACAGCUCCAACCCAUCCUGGUGGAAAGGACGCCUGCGGGGGGAGCUGGGUCUCUUCCCUGCCAACUACGUCACACCGGUGCUGCUCUGAGGGCACAGCACGGAGCUGCUCCUCUGGCACCACAGGGACAGAGAAGGAGUGCGUCUUCUUGCCACCAGGACACACACUGUUUAUUGUUUUGUCUUAAUUUAUUGGCAAUUGGUCUUUUGAAA